AUGAGCAGCAACAAGCGCAAGCAAGAGCGCGUCUUCAUCAUCGGCGUUGGAUGUACGGCCUUCAUCAAGCCGCGCGGGACGCGUACUACGAACGACAUGGCGCUGGAAGCGGCGACCAAGGCGCUGCUCGAUGCGGGCAUCACGUACGACGAUGUCGAACAUGCAUACGUCGGGUACGUGUAUGGCGAUAGUACGUGCGGGCAGUCAGCGCUUUAUGGGCUUGGUCUGACCGGCAUCCCAAUAACGAACGUAAACAACAACUGCAGCACCGGCUCCACCGCGCUCUACAACGCGGCGAACCUCGUACGCGCGGGUCUCGCGGACUGCACGCUCGCGCUGGGCUUCGAGCGCAUGAGGCCGGGGAGUCUGGGGACAAUUUGGAAUGAUCGACCGCCGCCGGGGUUGGCGCUGGGAGCGGCGAAUGCGAGGGCUGAGGAGAGGUUGGGGGCAAACAAGGGGCCGAAUGCGCCGCGGAUGUUCGAUAAUGGCGCGCAGGAGUAUUUCAAUCGGUUUGGUGGAGAUGCGAGUCAUUUGGCGAAGAUUGCGGCGAAGAAUCAUAAGCAUAGUGUGAAGAACCCAUACAGCCAGUUCCGGAAUGGAUGGACGGAGGAGCAGGUAGCGAAUGCACCGAAGAUCACGAACAACUUGACGAAGUUUAUGUGUAGCCCGACGUCUGACGGCGCAGCAUGCAACAUCGUUGCCUCCGAAUCCUUCGUCCACGCCCACAACCUCGAAAACCAAUCCAUCGAAAUCGUCUCCCAAGCCCUCGCAACCGACACGCCCGACGCCUUCACCGGCCUCGACGCAAUGUCCGUCGUAGGCUACUCCAUGACCGCGCGCGCAGCCCAACUCGUCUUCGCCCAAGCGCACGCAACGCCCGCCGACGUAGGCGUCGUAGAGUUGCACGACUGCUUCGCGGCGAACGAGCUGAUCAUGUAUCCUGCGCUGGGACUUUGCGGGGAGGGAGAGGCGCAUAGGAUGGUGGAGAGGGGGGAUAAUACGUAUGGGGGAAAGUAUGUUGUUAAUCCGAGUGGGGGGCUGGAGGCGAAGGGGCAUCCGCUAGGUGCGACGGGGUUGGGGAUGCACUUCUACAUCACCAUGCAACUUCGUAACUGGGCCGGACCCCUCCAAGCACCAGGCCUCUUUGAUACGCCCGAAAAACGCGGGAAAUACGGUCUGGUGCAUAACGUCGGGCUUGGUGGGGCCGUCGUCGUCAGUCUGCUGCGACGGCCGGAGUUUUACAAGGAGGGAGGGAAGCCUGAUGGGCGUGAUCGGGUGGGGUACAACCAUGCGUAUGAGUGCCGGGGUAUUACGCGUGCGGACUUGGAUAAAGUUAAAAGCAAGAAGUAUUCGGAGGAGGUGCUUGCGUUUGCAAAGCUUUGA